GCCUGCGGCCUUCACCGUCCCCUCAGGCGUCCUCCUCCGCCGUCGCCUCCUCCUCCUUCUCGCGCUCUUCUUCUCUCUCUCUCCCUCUUUCCUUUUCUCCUCCUUAAUUCCCUCCAUCCUUCUCCAAAAGGGCGACGGCGCCCCCAGCGGUUCCCUCCCAAGCAGGCCUCGCCCCGCGGCCUGAGGCGAAGCAGGGCAGGAACUGAACGCCUCGCCUCGGCGGCUGGGCUUGAGGGGAGGCAGAGAGCGAGAGUACCAGCGCUAGCGGGCUGGCGGGCUGCUGGGCGGAGCGAGCAGGCCCCAGGCCCCAGCCCCGAGCGAGCGAGCAAGCCGGCCCCAGCCCGGAGAGCGCAGCGCAGCACAGCUUGGGCGGAGAAGGAGGAAGAGGCGGGUGCCUCCGCUGCCGCUGGCCUCCCCGUCUCCCUCCAUCCCUCGCUCGGCACACGCAAGAUGGCGGCCGUGGAGCUGGAGUGGGUGCCCGAGACGCUCUACAACACCGCCAUCUCGGCCGUGGUCGACAGCUACGGCCGGGCGCGCCGCAGGGACAUCCGCUCCUUGCCCGAGAACAUCCAGUUCGACGUCUAUUACAAGCUUUACCAACAAGGCCGACUCUGCCAGCUGGGCAGUGAAUUUUGCGAACUAGAAGUUUUUGCAAAGGUGCUUCGAGCUUUAGAUAAAAGACAUCUACUUCAUCACUGUUUCCAGGCAUUGAUGGAUCAUGGAGUAAAAGUGGCAUCAGUCCUGGCCUACUCGUUCAGCAGGAGGUGUUCCUACAUAGCAGAAUCAGAUGCUGCUGUGAAAGAAAAAGCUAUCCAGAUUGGAUUUGUCUUAGGAGGCUUCCUCUCAGAUGCCGGCUGGUACAGCGACGCUGAGAAGGUCUUCCUCUCCUGCCUUCAGUUAUGUACCCUUCACGACGAGAUGCUCCAUUGGUUUCGUGCGGUGGAGUGUUGCGUGAGGUUGCUGCAUGUCCGGAACGGCAACUGUAAAUACCACCUCGGAGAAGAAACGUUCAAAUUAGCACAGUCUUACAUGGACAAGCUAGCCAAGCAUGGCCAGCAAGCUAACAAGGCUGCCCUGUACGGGGAGCUGUGCGCUUUGCUCUUUGCAAAGAGCCAUUAUGACGAGGCUUACAAGUGGUGCAUAGAAGCCAUGAAGGAGAUCUCGGUCGGGUUGCCGGUGAAAGUCGUAGUGGACGUUUUACGGCAAGCUUCUAAGGCUUGUGUUGUAAAACGUGAAUUUAAGAAAGCUGAACAGUUAAUAAAACACGCAGUGUACCUCGCACGGGAGCACUUUGGAGCCAAACACCCUAAAUAUUCAGACACGCUACUAGACUAUGGGUUUUAUUUACUCAACGUAGACAACAUAUGCCAGUCAGUUGCAAUUUAUCAGACAGCGCUAGACAUCAGACAGUCAGUGUUUGGAGGCAAAAACAUCCAUGUGGCUACAGCUCAUGAAGACUUGGCUUACUCUUCUUACGUUCACCAGUACAGUUCGGGGAAGUUCGACAAUGCACUAUUCCACGCGGAGCGUGCGAUUGGCAUCAUAACCCACAUUCUCCCAGAAGACCACCUGCUUCUCGCCUCCUCCAAAAGAGUGAAAGCACUUAUCUUGGAGGAGAUUGCGAUCGACUGUCAUAACAAGGAGACAGAACAGAGGCUGCUCCAAGAAGCUCACGACCUGCACCUGUCUUCGCUCCAGCUCGCUAAAAAAGCCUUCGGGGAGUUCAAUGUGCAGACAGCAAAACACUAUGGUAACCUUGGCAGGCUUUAUCAGUCAAUGAGGAAAUUUAAGGAAGCGGAAGAAAUGCACAUCAAAGCGAUCCAGAUCAAGGAGCAGCUCCUCGGUCAAGAGGAUUAUGAAGUUGCUCUUUCCGUGGGACACCUUGCCUCGCUCUACAAUUAUGACAUGAAUCAGUACGAAAAUGCUGAAAAGCUCUAUUUGAGAUCCAUAGCAAUUGGGAAGAAGCUUUUUGGUGAAGGUUACAGUGGACUAGAAUAUGACUACCGGGGCCUCAUUAAACUGUACAACUCCAUUGGCAAUUACGAGAAGGUAUUUGAGUACCACAACAUUUUAGCCAACUGGAACCGGUUGCGGGAUCGGCAGUUUUCAGUUACAGACGCCCUUGAGGACGUGAGCACCAGCCUGCAAUCCACUGAAGAAGUUGUCCAGUCUUUCCUGAUGUCUCAGACCGUCGAAGGACAGAUUUGCUAAGGAACUUGGUUGAUUUUACCAACAUCUUUUCCCCCCCCCUUCUUCCGUUUUUCCCCAAAUUUACAUGGGAAAAGUCAUACUGUGAAAUUUGAAACCAUGUAGGGUUUUUUUGUGUAUUUUUUUCUCUCUCUGAGGGGGCUGCAGUUGCAUUGAAACACUGGUCCAGUCCAGUCCAUUAAAAAUAUCCCCUGUUUUUUGGGGGGAGAAAUCUCAACUUCGAAUGGAGUGACCAUACAAACAAAUGUGUGCUAAAAUUCUUACCAGCAUGAGUACAGCAUGUUUCGUUUUGGCUCACAUUUCAACUUGAGAGAGAGUGAGAGAGAGAUAUAUACAUUUAUAUAUUAAAAGAGAGAAAAACCAUAGACAUCUCUAUGUUAUCUUUUUUUUUUUGUCCAAGCGAAGCUACUUUACACGAAAUCUCUGCAAGAAUGGAAAGAGAGCAAUAAAGCCAUUAAACAGUU